UUGGUUUCACAUACACCAGUGGCUCAUGCCCAAGCAAAACCCAAACCAACUCUGAGAGUGAAUCAGCAGAGCGCCAUCUACACUGGAGACACUAUCACUCUGAGCUGUGACCUGCAAUGGACGACUCCAUGGGAGUUUCUCUAUUAUAAUCAGUGGAUACAGAUUCUAAACAGUGAACCUGUAAAUUUAUUUAAAGUUAGGGUCGAUAAAGCAGGGGAAACAGCGUACCUGUGUCGCGCACGUAGGAGAUCCAAAUUUCACUACUCCAUGUACUACUAUAACAACUACUACUACACAGAAUACAGUGAACCUCUCAAGAUUACAGUAAGAGAGAGACCACAGGCAGUACUGACUGUAGCUCCACAGAACUGGCUGACUGAAGGACAUCGGUCAACUGUCAACAUCACAGUGCAUGAUGGUGAUGUGAUCCUGGAGAGUCCUCUCUAUCCUGUGACUGAGGGAGAUCCUCUGACUCUACGUUGUUUAUAUCGCGACACCAAACCCUUAAACCUCCGAGCUGAUUUCUAUAAAGAUGGAUCAGUCGUCCAGAACCAGACUACAGGAGAGAUGAUCAUCCAUAAAGUCUCAAAGUCAGAUGAAGGAUUCUACUACUGUAAAUACACAGAGAGAGGAGCAUCACUGAACAGCUGGAUCUCAGUCAGACGUCCAUCACAUGUAGAAGCUCCAUUCUCAGUGCUCAUGCUGAUCAGUAGUGUAGUGACGGCAUCUCCAUAUCUGCUGAUCACCAUCAUUCUGCUGGUCAAAUGUUACAGAGCUCGAGCUCACACUGAUGAAGACAGAAUUGAGAAUCAGUCAUAGAAGAGUAAACAAAGAUCAUCUAUUAAAAGAGGAUGCAUUCACUGUCAAAUCAUUUCAUUAUUGCACAUUCUUUAGUGUUUUGUUGGGAUUUUAAAAUAAUACUGAUUUGUCAUUUUAAUGCCAUGAUGUUAUUUGCAUCUUAUAGACAUCAUUGUUGUUCUGAAUGGAUUUAUUUAGCUGAAGCCUGCAAAACUCUUCAUGAGGUAAAAGUUACCAUGUGUGCAGUCUGAAAUAAAGCCUACAUGCUGCUUAAGCAAAACAAAGUAAACAAUAUGUGGAAAUAUUCUCUACAAAUAUUUUGUUCAAGAGAAAAUGUUAAUGCAUUGACUGAGGGUUGAGUUGUGCUUCUGCAAAAUACCAUGUGGGAAAUAAAUGUGUCUGCUGUUUAAGUGAGUUUAAUACCAACAUGGUGACCUGCACAAUCAGGUGUGUUGUGUGCUAGGACAUGCACUAGUGAGAUAUGCUUAAUUUCACAAGAAUUUUAUGGUUUAA